GCGCUGGAGAGGAGGGAGAGCAAGAGUCGCAGUGGAACACGGUACCACCCGUCGCAGCCCUGCAUCAGACUGUGAAAGACUAGCUCAGUUUCCAAAAUUACCCCCCCCCCCCCUACCCCCCAACCUUUUUUAUCCCCCUUAUUUCUAACAGCAAGCAUGCUUCAGGAACAGAAGCCGAGCGUCCUUCUCUGCUGCUCUCUGCUGUACGCACUCUCGGUUCUACGACCCUCGGAGGGUAUCUCAGUCUCAACACACCACAACCUCCACAAGCGAGUGGGUUCAGAUGUCACGCUGUACUGCGGCUUCUGGUCCAGCGAGUAUGUCUCAGACCUCACCACCCUGUCCUGGCGCUUCCGGCCAGACAACUCACGGGACAUCAUCUCCAUCUUUCAUUAUGGCAACGGCAUCCCUUAUAUUGAGAAAUGGGGUCAGUUCAGAGGGCGAGUGGAAUGGGUCGGAGAUAUUUCCAAACAAGAUGGCUCCAUCGUGAUCCGUAACCUCGACUACAUCGAUAACGGAACCUUCACCUGUGAUGUUAAGAACCCCCCAGAUGUGGUCGGAACUUCCUCCGAUGUCCACCUGACUGUUUAUGACAGAAUCCCCCCAGUUGGUGCUGGUGUUGUCUCAGGUGCAAUCAUUGGAACCUUCCUGGGUAUCAUCCUCCUCAUCGUUGGAGGCUUGUACCUGUUCCGGUACAUUGUCAGGAGGCGUGCCAGGAGUGAGACUAUUUUCUUCAAAGGAGCCAGUGCUGCAGAACGAGGGAAAGCUAGUGGCAAAGCUGGAACCGUGAGUAAAGGACCCGUGCUCUAUGCCACCCUGGACCAGAGCAAGAGCGGCAAGGGGGCCAGCGAGAAGAAGUCCAAGCUCUCAGAGUCCAAGAGGGACAAGAAGUAGCGGUUACCCCCACCGCGGGGUCCUCGGGAUGGAGGCGGGGGCUUGACCCGGGCUCCGCGGGUCCUCAUGACCAUCGAGAUGACACUGACCGACUCGGACACCGGCAGUGACACCGAGACGACAAAACUCCCGGCCAACAGCAAGCGAAAGAAAAGUUCCAAUGCCAAAUAACUCCGCACUUCCCCCUUUAAUCCUUUCCCUCAUCCCCUCCCU